AUGGGCGGCAGCUGUCGAGUAACAGAUCCUACUCCCCAUGAGGUUUACCUUGACCUGCUUAAGCAGCUCGGGACCGAACCGUACAAACACGUGGAGAUUCAAGGCGAUGAUCCUGUUCUCCCCAGCCCGCAUCGCCUGGGUGCUUCGGCCGCGGCGGCCCUGGCUGCCUUGGGCACUGAGAUAGCUGGGCUUUGGAGGUCGAGGACGGGGAUAGAAGAGCCCGUGCAGGUGGAUGUCGAGACCGGAAUAGCCCAGUUGAUGGCUAUCUUCCUCACCACCCUUAACGGGCUUCCCAUUCGACGGCUACUCGAGGACCCGAAGCUGCUGACCCUGAGUGAUUUCUACAAGGCCAAAGGAGGCAGGUUCGUCUUUCUCUUGCACACAUACCCUCACCUUCGAGACAUCAACCUCAAGGUGCUGAACUCCCCGUUUGAACGCGAGAGUUUGGAAAAGGCUGUUGCGCAGUGGGACGCCUUCGAGCUGGAGGAAAGUAUAGGCAGCCUCGGGGGCACGUGUAUUGCGGUGAGGACACGCGAAGAGUGGGUCCGAUCACCUCAAGGCGCGGCACUCUUGGACACCCCCGUCGUCGACAUUGAAAGAGUGGGCGAGAGUGCUCCAGAACCCUUCACCAACCAGCUCGACGUCUCGGCUGGGAAGCCUCUACAGGGGAUCCGUGUUCUCGACAACACCCAUGUCAUUGCCGGCCCAAUGGCCGGACGUAUCCUCGGCGAGUACGGCGCCGAAGUUCUGUGGAUGAGCACGCCUGAUCAUCCGGACCCGCGUACAAUGAACACCGAGACGUCCAUCGGCAAGCGAUCCGCUCACUGUGAGCUCAACACGGAACAGGGCAAGAAGCAGUUCUGGGCCGCACUCUGUGACGCUGAUGUCUAUAUUUCGAGCUAUCUGUCACUGGAGAAGAAAGGCUUCGGUGUGCAGGAGUUGAUCAAGGCUCGUCCCGGAUUAAUCUUCUCCGACUUCCACGCCUGGGGAAAGGGUGGGUUGUGGCAACAGCGCCACGGCUUCGACCAAUUGGCCUGUUCGGCAACGGGGUUCGCGGACGAGGAAGGCAGAAUUCGCUAUGGGGAUGGGCGCCCUUCGCUCCCACCAACCUACCUCCUGAACGAUUACCUCGCCGCCCUCGUCGGCACGGCGGGCAUUGUAAAGGCGCUGCAGCUCCGUGCCGUAAACGGAGGCAGCUAUCGUGUCCAUGUCAACCUCAGUCGCAUCGCCAUGUGGGUGCAAUCCCUGGGAUCGUAUGAUUCUAAAGACGUGGCGCAUCUGCCGCGAUUCGCUACGGACACGAGCGAUGGAAAGCCCGGCAACGACUUGUUUACCGACAAGGUCAAACUUGUUGAUGUUGACGGGCCGUCGGGUAGGACAAGCUACCUUCCGACUCAGAUCAGGUUUGGCUCCCAAACCAUCAAGCCCGGGUUCCAUAGAGGCAGUGAGCCAACGGGCGCCUCUGGGAUGGAAUUCUUGACUCACCGAGGUCUGUAA